AAAACUUGAUUUUUCUUGUGUUCUCUUUGAUGUCUGAGAGACCCAAUAGUCCAUUUAAUACAUCAGAAAACAUACCUCACAUAUCAUAAGUGUCAUAUUGCUGCUUAAUGACGUGUCCUAAACUCUUUUAUAUUUACAUUACAUUUAGAAAAUGCUUUAUGUAGUAAUUAUAUUAUAUUUUAAUUAAUUUUACAUUAUAUGUUAUAUUAUAUAUAUUAUGUUUAUAAAUAUAUAUAUAUUUUAUGUUAUGCUAUGCAACAAUAUAGGCCAAUUAUCGGUAUCUGUAUUUUGUGCUCUGUAUAUAGAAAAUGUUUAAGAAACAUCACCGGUUUGAUGUUCAAUAUUAAUACGCAUUGUACGACUUAAAGACAUUUAGAAAGUUAAGAAAUAUUCAUUUGAUCAUCAGAAUCGGUAUCAGUAUUGGCAGAUAUCACUUUUGAAAAAUUUGCAAUGGUUAUUGUUAUAUCUCUUUGAUCAAAAUGAAAAAAUGUCAUCGCUGUAACCCAAAGUAAGUUGAUUCAGUCAAUUAAAAUUAAAACACACCAGACUGUGUGUAUAGUGCGUCCCCUAGAAUACUGAUUUUAAAUCACUCUUUAGUGGUUAAAAGGCCUUUACAUGAAUGAGAGCAUGAAUAAAUAAUCUAACGCUAUACAAAGGUUGCCAAAAUAAAGGGAUGCUGCGUUAAUUGCGCUAAAGGGGAAAGUAAUGAAUUACAUUUACUCGCGUUACUGUAUUGAGUAGUUUUUGGUGUACUUGUAAUUUUUUUGAGUAGCUUUUAACUACUUCUACUUAACUAUGAUUUGUGUGAUGUAUUGCACUUCGUGAUAUUUCAAAUCAUAUCAGUUACUGAGGGAAAAAAUGUAAAACAUGACGUCACCGAAAAUUACUACAGUGAAUGAUGGGCGGGAGAAUUUUUACGUUAAUUCCAGAAGAGCGAUGGAGACUGUCGAAGACAAUGAAGUAAACCCCUAUUUAAGCGACCAUUUCAGCUUCAAGACAGGAUUAUGGACGCUGUGCAAACUAGCAUCUUAUAAAAGUCCUUAUGUGCAAGAAUGUAGAGGUAAAGAUGAAUAAUAUUUGUACAAAUAAUGCUCUUGCGCUUGUUGCAUUCACUAUUGUGUCUGCACCACAUUUACGCAGUGUGUAUGGAUCCGAAUUGAAUAACUUCUGCCUAAAUGACAUAUUUAAAUGUGCAUCAUAUGUCUUUCUCUUCUGUAACCGCAGGGCAAGAAAGUCACAUGAAAAUGUGCUUGCUAUUUCAUGCGUUUUGAAAAAGCCUCACCAGCCCUGCCGUAAAAAGAACCGUGUUGCCAGAUCUUAUGUUGAAAAGACCAGCAUAAAAAUGACAAGCCCAAAAUAAACCUACAGAUCGACACAUUGAAUAAGACAAAAAACUACGCCCAACUGAGUGUAUUAACUAUAUAAUGUAUAUGCAGCCUUAUAAGAAAAGACUAAACAACAAAUGGGAAGCCCUUAAAAAAAGUAAACAUGGCACGAGAGCGCGCUGUGAAGCUCGUAACAUAAACAAAACACGUCUCUGUCUGUGUUUUGGUCAAAAUUCUUUGUCUUUGGCCGAAAACAUCAGAUACUUAUCAAACGGAUUAAACUCUUGGGAUUCAUUUUUCCUAUUCCCUGCGAUCAACGGCAUAAAUGUUGCCAUGACUGGACAUUCCUGUGUGUUACUUCAGGAUUCAACCCGGAGGCGUGCACCAACAAUGAUAACGAUACGAGUAUGAAAGAGAGACUGUUGAAGAAUUUCCUGUGGACACUGUGGUUUCAUAGGGGCAGGGGACGGGAAAAGGAGGAGAAGGUGCAUUGAUUGUGCACAAGCCACAAAUGAGAAAUCCAUUGGGGUUAGCUGCUCCUGGCUCACAUGAGAGAACGGGGCACUGGAGGUCAGCUGGGUGUUCAUGUCCUGCCAGGAUGGCAGUGAUUAUAGCGAGGUUCUUCCGGACUCUUUUCCAUCCGCUCCGGCCGAACCGUUGCCGGAAUUCCAGAGUGAACCGGAGGACGCCUUCAUUGUGAAAAACAGACCGGUUAAGCUCUCCUGCAAGGCCGCUCCUGCCACGCAGAUUUACUUCAAGUGCAAUGGAGAAUGGGUGAACCAGAAUGACCAUGUUACUAAGGAGAGUUUGGACCCUAUCACAGGUUUGGUUGUUAGAGAAGUGGACAUAUCUGUGUCUCGGACGCAGGUAGAAGAAUUGUUCGGCCUGGACGAUUAUUGGUGUCAGUGUGUUGCCUGGAGCUCGGCAGGCACCACAAAGAGCCGACGGGCAUACGUCCGCAUCGCUUAUUUAAGAAAGAACUUUGAGCAGGAGCCGCUUGGCAGGGAAGUUCGUCUGGAGCAAGAAGUCUUGCUCCAAUGUCGUCCUCCAGAGGGCAUCCCACCUGCUGAGGUGGACUGGCUGAAGAAUGAAGAGCUCAUUGACCCGAUGCUGGAUUCUAACUUUCUAAUUACUAUCGAUCACGACCUGAUCAUCAAGCAGGCUCGACUUUCCGACACGGCUAACUAUACCUGCGUGGCUCGCAAUGUGGUCGCUAAGCGACGCAGCAGCACCGCAACACUCAUCGUCUACGUGAGCGGUGGCUGGUCGUCCUGGACAGAGUGGUCAGAGUGCAAUGCUCAGUGUGGGCGGGGCUGGCAGCGACGGACACGUAGUUGCACCAAUCCGGCACCCCUCAAUGGAGGAGCCUUCUGCGAGGGACCGCCUUUCCAGAGAGUUACCUGCACAACACUCUGUCCAGUUGAUGGCGGCUGGACAGAGUGGGCAAAGUGGUCGGCUUGCGGGACGGAGUGCACGCACUGGCGGAGCCGAGAAUGUCAGGCGCCCCCUCCACGCAAUGGUGGACGGCACUGCACCGGGAGCAUGAUGGAGAGCAAGAACUGCACAGAGGGACUGUGUGCCCGCAAUAAAAAGAUUUCUAUUGAACAUGCAAGCCAUCCUCUGGGCACUGGUGCUAGUGUGGCGGUGUACGCGGGACUGGUGGGAGCUUUGCUGCUCUGCAUAAUCUUAGUACUGUGUGUGGGCAUCCUGGUCUAUCGGCGGAGCUGUCGGCACCUCCACGGUGAAAUCACAGAUUCCUCCUCAGCCCUCACAGCUGCCUUCCAUCCUGGAAACUACAAACCACCACGACAGGAUAACCCACACCUGCUGCACCCGGCAGCCCCCCCUGACCUCACGGCCAGUGCCGGAACCUUUCGCGGGCCUCUUUACGCACUGCAGCAGGCUACCCUGGACUCCACCCAUAAGAUCCCCAUGACCACGUCUCCUCUGCUGGACUCACUGCCUAGUCUGAAGAUAAAGGUGUAUAAUGCUUCUACCAUGUCCUCCCUUGAGCUGCCGGCCGGUCUGGAUUAUGGUGAUGGAGAGAUUAUGAGUCUGAAGACCGUGGGCUCAGGACCUAAAGACCACUAUGGGCACACCUUGCCCAGAGAGCCCAGUCACAGCAUCAGCAUCACACUGGGCUCACUGGGAGGUCGUCUCACCAUCCCUAAUACAGGAGUGAGUCUGCUGGUUCCACCGGGAACAAUUCCUCAGGGAAAGUUCUAUGAGAUGUAUCUCAUCAUCAACAAAUGGGAGAAAACAACGUUGCCAUCGGAUGGUAGUCAGACGGUAUUGAGUCCUGUUGUGAGCUGCGGUCCGUCGGGCAUGCUGCUCAGCAAACCUGUAGUCCUUACUCUGCCCCACUGUGCCCAGCUAGAAACCCCAGACUGGACCCUCACACUUAAAAUGCAAAACCAUCAAGGUGCCUGGGAGGAGAUGCUAACUGUAGGAGAGGAGAGCUUGACAUCACCCUGCUAUCUACAGGUGGAAGAGGAGAGCUGUCAUAUUCUAAUGGAGCAGCUGGGCACGUAUGGGCUGGUGGGACAGUCGGCCCCCCCUCGGCCAGCCUGUAAGAGACUGCAGUUGGCCCUGUUUGCUCCCAGAGCGCCAUGCCUCUCUCUGGACUACAGUCUGAGGGUCUACUGUAUACAGGAUACCCCACAUGCCCUUAAGGAAGUGUUAGAGGUCGAGCGGAGUCUGGGUGGAGUUUUACUAGAGGACCCCAAACCUCUGCUCUUUAAGGACAGUUAUCACAAUCUGCGGUUAUCAAUCCAUGACAUUCCUCAUUCUCACUGGAGGAGUAAACUUCUGGCUAAGUAUCAGGAAAUCCCGUUCUAUCACAUCUGGAGCGGAAGCCAGCGGCCACUGCAUUGCACCUUCAGUCUAGAAAGAGGAAGCCUGGUGGUUUCACAGCUCACAUGCAAGAUCUGUGUUAGACAGGUGGAGGGAGAGGGACAGAUAUUCCAGCUUAACACUGACAUCCAAGAGACUUUGCCACCCCACUCCCCGUUGCCAGCAGGUGGUUCUUGUCUGCCGUCAUCUCAAGUGGGUCCAUAUGCUUUCCGACUUCCCGUCUCCAUCCGGCAGAAAAUUUGUGCCAGUCUGGAUGCCCCCAGCGCGCGUGGCUGUGACUGGAGAAUGCUGGCACGCAGCCUGGGCUUCGACAGGUAUCUGAACUACUUUGCAACCAAACCCAGCCCCACAGGUGUGCUGCUAGACCUGUGGGAAGCUUGUCACCAGGGUGAUGCAGACCUGGUCUCCCUGGCGACGGCUCUUGAAGAGAUGGGCAAGAGUGAGGUCUUGGUCGUCAUGACGACAGACGGCGAUUGCUGAUUGGCAAAUCAAAAAUUGUGAAGAGAUGUAUUCGCCACCACAAACCUAGAAUUAACGCAAGUGGAUGAUAAGAAGGAAUCUGCGUCAGAUGCACAAACCAAGUUCCCAAUUGUUACAACUUGCCAAGCCAAUACCUCAGUUGCUUUGCGUUUGUGCGGAAUCUUCCAACGAUUGCAACGUGUCUGAUGAGGGGGUCAAGCAGUCGGGAUGAUCUCGGAGGGAUACAAACCUAAAUGUAGCACAUGGAACAACACCGUAUUCGGACAACAGAGAUGCCGUGUGAUGAGGUUAAAAAUAAUGAAGGCCUGUGCGUAGUGUGUUUGCUGGUACGGUAACAGAGCACCACCUGAUAAGCUUAUGAUUAAAUGAUAGUUUCAACAAACUGAUACACACUGCUAUUCCUAAAAGUACAUAAUCAAACCAUUGCACAUCAAACCACUGGCUUUGUUUCCUAGCGACCACUAGAUGCUUAAAGACGCAGAAAACCCAUGUCCGAUGGCCGUGCACCUCAGGAAACUUACACACACAAACAGAAAAUAAACAGGUGCAUAGGGGUGUGGGAAUAAGGAUGAAAAAUGAAUAAACAGCGAGAGGCUUUGAUCAUCUGCACUAAUCAACAGUUAUUUUCACAAUGACUUUAUAAUGAUUUCACUCGAAACAAAACACAUCAGUAACAGAUGCUUCAUUUUCACUUUUGUUUGAAGCAUUGUUUCAGGCAUCUGUCUUCUGAAGUAGCAUACAGACGUAGAAAGCUGUGCUCCAGUUAGCAAUAGAACACGCUUUCACAGAAUUUUCUUCUUUACCUGAUUAUGCCUCCGUUAGCCUUCUAUAUUCGGUUUAUGAUUUGUAAUGCAAGUGAGCUUUUUGGUAAACUCAUAUUAGUUUCCUAUAGGGAACGGACUUGAGUUAUAUCCCUAUUUGUGGAUCAUUGUUUUUCAACAGUCACUCAUAUCUUCUGUUAGAUUCAUGUACUUUGUUUUUAUUUGUGGUUUGCGGAAUAUAGGUAAGAUGGCGGAGAGCAGUAUAAACACCAAUUAAAGGGACAGUUAGCUCAAAUGUAACCCUGGAACACAAAACCUGUCAUAGGUUCAUGGGUAUUUUUGCGCAAUAGCGAUGUGGGGGUCAAAAUUAUAAAUUUUUCUUUUACGGCAAAAAUCCUUAGGAUUGUAAAUAAAAAUCAUGUUCCAUUAAGAUACAUUCUAGCGCAGAUGUAUAAAAACGUUAUUUGUGAGAGUGGAUGCAGAAAAUAGGAGUCAAUGAUGGCCAGAAACACACAAACAUUGUACGCUGCCAACCGCACUUUGAGAUUUAACCGCUACAGCUUGGAAUGUCUACUUUCGGGUUCAUCUACUCUCCAUAACGUUAUUACAGCGGUAAGCCAAUAGAGACGGUUGAAACAGCCUUUUUUUUUAAACUGCCUGCUACAGCGCCUCCAAUAGACUUCAAAGGCGAUUUUCUCAUAAUUUAGAUUUUUUUAAACCGUCAGAUUCCAGAUUUCGGCCAAAUACUGUCCUAUUGUUAUUAUUCUUAAAAACCAAACAUCGAUGAAAAACUUUUUUCAUCAGCUUUCAGAUGAUGUAUAAAUCUCGAUUUCAAAUCAUUUGUCCAAAUGAAGGUUUUGUGGUCUAGGGUCACAAAUAUAAAAAGCGGUCUUCGUUGACUCACCCAUAUGUUAUUACUUGUGUUGAACACAAAAGCAUUUUUCACAAAAGGAAUUAACGUAUUUCCCAAUUCCCGAUUUUAUUGCAUGAGGGUGAGUAAGAAGGCCGAAUUUUUAUAUUGAGUAAACUAACCUUUAAAAACGUUAAAUGUUUUGCGUUCACCUUUUGUAGCGACUGCAUUUUGAGAGUAAAUCAGGAUUAUUUGGCAAUUGAACCUGAGACGGAAACGUAAAUGUUGUGCUGAGGUUAUACGUUUUUCAACCUCCUUGCGGAAGUUCACCGUGAAUAUGCUUCGCGAUUCAAAUAACUGGACGGGUUGCAGAAAGCUCUUUUCAGGGUGUCAUGCCAUUCUGUUGUGCUGUUAAAAUUAUAAAUAGUAGCCUCGAGGGGUGACAUAAGUGCUCUGUUGAUUGCAGUAUGACCCACUUGCUCUUUAUUUUCUCUUUUGACUUGUUGGGUUUAAUGGGUUCCCAUUGAGCAAGAUUCAAAGCCAUGUACUUGGACUGCUUAUUAACAAAAAUCAUGCGAUCGCAUGGACUCAGAGAACCACGUGUUCGGUCCAUUACUUUAUUUUUUUGACUUGUUCCUCAGAAGUGUUAAAAUAUCUGCUAACAAACAAAACACAAAUGUGCAGUAUCUGUCCAUGCCUGUAAAGGUGUGAAUUAAAUAAAUAAAGUGUGUGUAUGUGUGCGAAAGAGAGAAACAGAGCGUAAGAGAUUGUUUGUGCAGACGUAUGAGUCACUAUAGUGCUACAGUGUACUGUAUAUGAAUGGGCAUCAUUGUUUGUGUUGUUUUCUCUUUCUCAUUAUAAGUACUAUGCAAGUACACAACAAAAGUGAAUCUGUGGACGUCUUGAUGUACCGUUUAUGAUGUUCUUGGAAUGGGAAUCAUUACUUUCCUUCUGCUGAUCUCUGCUGUAACUAAGCUGGGGAUGAAAAUGAAGCCACUCAGCAGUAAUAAAUGCAAACAAAACUGAAAUUGAGGGUCAGGGAUCCAUGACCACCAUAUUGUUCCUCCUUAUUUGUUUAGUAAGCAUUUGGCCUUUACCUGCACCCUCACAAUGAACUAACAACGUUUGCUCGGAGGACUGUUUCAAACAUCUACAUGCGGUAGAAUCCCAACGUGAACAUGCAGAAUCCCAAAUGGCUUCUGAAUCUUUAAAUGGCUCUGCAAUGUCUCUAGUCACAUCUGGGCUGAUGUUACAUGAAAACGCCUUUGACCAUUUCACAUGCGUGAAGCGGCUACGCUUCUCUGGAUUGUAAUUGCUGGAUGCACACAUGUGGCCGAAAAAACUAUUUUAUUCAGAUGUCAUUUUUUACGAAAGAGGGUUGACGAGAAGAGAUUUUUUUUUCGUUCAAUGCUGUAAGAUAUUACUGUACAUAACUGUUUAGACUUCUUACUGUAAC